UGAAACUGCAGAAACCCUUCUGAACUCGGAGGUGCACAUGCUGCUGGAGCACCGCAAGCAGCAGAACGAGAGCGCGGAGGACGAGCAGGAGCUCUCAGAAGUCUUCAUGAAGACCCUGAACUACACUGCGCGUUUCAGCCGCUUCAAGAACCGCGAGACCAUCGCCAGUGUGCGCAGUUUGCUGCUCCAGAAAAAGCUCCAUAAAUUUGAGUUGGCAUGUUUGGCUAACUUGUGUCCUGAGACAGCUGAGGAAGCAAAAGCCUUGAUUCCUAGCCUGGAGGGACGGUUUGAGGAUGAGGAAUUACAGCAGAUUCUCGAUGACAUUCAGACUAAACGCAGCUUCCAGUACUAAGGUUAACCUUCAGCCCCUUCAUUUGAACUCUGGGGACUUGGGCUGUUUCUCAGCCCUCUGGCCCAGCCUGUCUCCCAGCUGAGUGAGGGAAGGUGUGGAUACAGGGUGCUGCAGUGCUGUGUGGUCACAGGUGCACACAGGCUGGAGAUCAGCAUUGGCCCUUCGCUUUGUUGCACAUGCAUGUUGGCAAGGACCUCUAUUGUGGGGGCCAAAGAACCUGAAAAGCCUUUUCCCAGUGGCUCAAGUAUUUGUUUCUUCCCAAAUCCAUCUCCCCAGUUUGUAAAUUUUCAACGUUUCUGUUUUUUUAGCAGAAAUACAGAUGUGAUUUCAUUCUUUUGAGAACUUCUAAAAGAGAUGGAGAAACUUGUUUGUGGCUCUGAGAAGGUUCAGUGAUG